CUUUGGAGCCUUGUGUUUACUGACAAGACGCCCCAGUUGUUGGAUUUGGUUAAAUCCUUGGAACGAUAAAAAUUCUGUUUCCUAAGCCUGAGAAGUUGUUCAUGGCCGCCGGUUCAGUUCAUUUUGCAUCUUAUUAGAAAUGUACUCAUAAGUUUAUUGAGAAUAGUUUCUACUUGCCCAGACUAUUUUAAUAAUUUUUUGUGGCUGUGACUAUGUCUGGUGCUGGAUCUAGUGGAACUGGUCGUGGAAGAGGUGCUGCAUCUGUACCAGAAACUCCUAAGACAGAAAAUAAAGAAGUAAAACCAAAUCCUAAAAUGUCUAAAGCACUUUCCACAUCUGCGAAAAGAAUCCAAAAAGAACUCGCUGAAAUAACUUUAGAUCCUCCACCUAAUUGCAGUGCUGGACCUAAAGGUGAUAAUCUAUAUGAAUGGGUCUCGACCAUUUUAGGACCUCCAGGUUCAGUUUACGAAGGUGGUGUGUUUUUUCUAGAUAUUCAUUUUUCUCCUGAGUAUCCUUUCAAGCCUCCUAAGGUUACAUUCCGAACUCGUAUUUACCAUUGUAAUAUCAACAGUCAAGGAGUGAUCUGCUUGGAUAUUUUGAAAGAUAAUUGGUCACCCGCAUUAACUAUUUCAAAAGUUUUGUUAUCAAUUUGUUCUCUAUUAACAGACUGCAAUCCAGCUGACCCUCUUGUGGGAAGUAUAGCAACACAGUACCUUCAAAACCGUGAGGAGCAUGACCGUAUAGCUAGGCUGUGGACCAAGAGAUAUGCUACGUGAGGACAGCGGAAAUUCGCUGUCUUUCCGUCUAGUUCCUCCUCAUCACUAAUAGCUCUCUACCUCUAAACAAGCAAAAGUAACAAAACCGUUUUUUCUCAUCUAGUUUAUAAUUUACGAAGCAAACAAAACAUUAAAGGGUGAGAAAAUGAUAUAGUAAUGCCUGUCACAAUCCCAAUAGAGUGAUUUUUUUUUUUUUGUUUUUUUGUAAAUCUUCUGUCCUAAAAUACAUUUUUUAAAGGUCCUUUUAUGGAUAGCUUUCAGAAUGUUUGUUUGUUUUUUCAAAUUUUUAGUCUCUAUUUUUUUUUUCUUCUAUAUUUCCAUUUUGCCUUGACUAAUGGUACAUUGAAGUAUUUAUCAAGUGUGAUAAUGGAAUGUUUAGUUAUGCUUAUAAUAAAAUACCAUAUUGUAAUUUUAAUUAUUAUUUUAUAGAAAUGUAACAAUCUUCCUGUAAUGUGGAAUUCUUGUAUGAAUUGAAACAAUAUUUUAGAAGUUGCAAAAAAUAUUGUGUUGUAAACAUGGAGAGAUUUAGUCUUAUGGUAUGAAAACCAGUUUUCCUCCUUUUAAAAGUGUAAUUUUUUAUUUUAUUUCUUGGCAACAAUUUGUAUUUCAAGGCAUUUAUAAGAUGUCUAUGUCGUUUGUAUCAGUUGAUGAAGAGUUAUGUAUUAUCGUAAAACUAUGAAUAGUUAUUAAGUGUAAAUAAGUAUAUUAAGUCUGAUGUAGGAUAAGUAAUGUUUCAAUUAUUAUAGAUGCUUCCAUAUUUUACAUUUUUUUUUCUACCCAUUUUGUUUUCACUUGUAUUCACUAAGCAAUGGAAGUUGGUUAUACUUUGGGUUGUAACUAGCUUUGACAUUAUAUGAAUCAAAUAGAUAAACAAUAUUUGUUUUGUUGUAAUAAAUGGUAGUGGCUUCGAGUUGGCAAGAGUGAAUUAUUAUUCAUCAGAAAAAUCCGUAUUCUUAUUCUUUUUGUAUUUCAAUUCUUAAUUUAUUUCCCUGGAAUUGUGUAUCAUUAGAUUUUUUUUAUAUAUAUGCAUACGUUGCAUUCGAUAGUGUUGUUUCUAAAUUUAUUGUCACUAUACUGGUUUAGAAAUGUUUUCCUCAUUUUU